AUGGAUAUCAUAGAAAUGACAGAUGAACAGGGAAACUGGUACAAGUACAAGCGAUACGACGGUAGACCUUACGUUCCACUUGUUUACGGCAAUGUCAAGGAUCAGCUACAGCUGCUCGACAGCUAUGAAUUUCGCAAUGACGACGUGUUUCUCUGCACAUAUCCCAAAUCAGGAACACAUUGGGUACACAAUAUCAUCAACAUGUUACGGACAGGCUCGAUGAAGCACCAAGGCGGACAUGAAUUGAUGGAGUUCCACGAUAUCAAGAGACUUGAUAAUAUGUCUCAUCCUCGAACAAUCGCAACUCAUAUCACUUACAAUAUACUCCCUUCAACCAUCAAAUGUGGCGUCGGUAAAAUCGUAUAUGUUAUGAGAAACCCAAAAGACGUUUUCGUCUCACUGAAGUGCUUUUUAGGUUUGCUAAAGAAAAAUGUCUACGAAGGGGAUACAGACGGUCUUCUGAGAAUAUUUCUUUCGGAUGAAUUUGGCAUUGGAGUCGGCGGUUCUUGGUUCAAUCACACAAAGGAGUGGGAUAAUGCAAAAUCAGUGAACACUGCUCUCAACAUUCACACUAUCAAGUACGAGGACAUCAAAAGGGAUCCAUAUGGGGAAAUUGAGAAACUUGCUAAGUUUCUGGAAACAGACAGUAGCGUUACUUUCUUGGACAAUAUUGUGAAACAUAUUGAAUUUGAUAGAAUGAAGGAAGAGCACACAAAAAGCGCCGGCGCUACAGAGCAAUGGGCGCACCUGUGUGAGAAUGGUCGUCUACCGUUGUAUCGAAAAGGAAUCAUCGGAGAUUGGAGGAACAUGCUGACUGUUUCACAAAAUGAAGUAUUUGAUGCAGCAAUCAAGGACAAAUUGUCCACGUUAGUUCAGGAGGGUUUCCCAAGCGAUGAAUGUCAUGACGUCAUGAGGUUUGAGAAUAGGCAAUCAGGUUUACAACAAAUUAAAUCCACAGGUGCUCAAGAAGUUUUGUCAGAGAUGGAUGACAGAAGGCGAAGAGAAAAGAACAUUUUAGUCUUUGGAGUCAAAGAACAAACCAGCUCAGAUGGAAAGGAAAGAAAGGGGAAGGACGAAAAAGAAAUUGAAGAGAUGCUCAGAGCCAGUAGUCUUCCUUCAGAAGCUCGAAAAUGUGUUACCAAAAUAUUUCGCCUUGGUAAAUUUGAUAAGGAAAAAGAAGACCAAUUUUAA